AUGGACCCAGCACCCAUACUUCCCUCCAAUUCCGAUCUCGAACGUAGGAGACUAGAGUCAACUAUCGAUAACGACCUCGGUUCAUUAUCAUUAUCAUCCUUACCUACUUCCACUACUACAAUCCACUCAUUCAUCUCGUCAGGUUCAUCAACCAUAUCGAUGGAAUACCCUAGAGCAGAGACCAUGUCUUUCUCUUUUCAGCCGCAUCAUCACCAUGGACCAACUGGAACACCCAGAGCAUCAGGUAGGAUGCCCUCGAGGUUAAGCAGUUUCGGCGCACCGGAACAAAGUAUGUUCGUCGGUGCUUCUCCCGUAUCUACCGCUGGGCACCAUGCCAGCGCUGUCACACUUGGUGCAGGGGUGUUUGGAAAGAGGGAUGAAGGGAAUGGAAACACGAGCGAGUUCGAUCCGGAGAGAAGUUUGGGUAGGCUGGUGGGUGAGUUGGGGAGAGUGAUGGGAAACGAUAAACUCCCCUCGCGUCCCACAUCACCAUUCUCUCCUCCAAGAUCACCAUCUCCUUUACCAUCCCUAAUGCAAAACAACAACCAAGCUGCCAAUCUAUCCUUCACGCUCAAUAGGAACGACCCAUUGCUUAGUCCACCAUCAAGUGGUGGUGAACAAACUAUCACACAGAAAAACCUCCCUUCAAAUUCGAAUUCCAGAUUCUCAUCGCUAGCUAGAGAAUUGGGCGAAGAUAUUCAAAAUGCCAGAAAACAGAAAUACCAACACCAACAAUCUCAACCUAGAAGAGCAUUGAGCGACUCAACUACUCAUAAUAUCCAGACUCCAGCUCCAACCUCCCAUGCGAGAAAGGGAGACAAAGGUGAUAGAAUCAAGAUGUUACAAGGUGAAAAUCGACGAUCUGCCAGUGCACCUAUCCGAUCCAAUAAGGAUAAUUCCAUGGAUGUUACGGGUUAUACCAAUCUGAUGGCUACUCCUGCGAAAGGUGGGGAGUAUGGGACGUUGGGUAAGAAUGGAGAAGUAGGCGGGGAGACUGGCGCAAACAUCGCUGGAACACUUGCAACCCUCAAUGCGAGACUACGCGCUCUGGAAACGGAGAAUUAUGUCUCUCGUCGGCGAGUUAGAGAACUUGAAGAUGAGCUUGAAAAAGCCAGAGCGGAAGUGGAAAUGGCCAAACAAGAUGGCGGAAAAAGAUUACGAGAUGUCAUUGGUGAAAAAUCAGCACUCGAAGAUCUUGUGAAAUCCCUUCGAUCUCAUCUAGCCCGUCUUACAGUGGAGGUGGAAUCCAACAAGGCUUUGAUCAACGAACUCCGCACAGCCUCCUCUUCAUCGCCUCCACGUAAACAUACUCCUGUUGUGCCCGGAUCGCCAAGUGUAAAAUCUGAACUUGCAGCUUUACGACGAGAGAUCGAAAGGUUGACUCAAGAAGUAGCUAGAUUAGGUGGGAUCGUUGAGGAAGGCUUGGAAACGCGGAAGAAAGCCCGGGGAGAGAGGACGAUGAGAAUGGAGAGGGAGGAGAUGGAGAGGCUCGUUAGACAAGUGAUGGAUGAAGAGAAUGAUGCUCAAAAGAAUGUGGUGGAACCUUCGAAAUUGAGACAGGGUCUACAUACCGCUUCUUCUACUUCACCUACACUGGCACCUCCUACUGUCCAACCUGUAAGGAUCGCCAAACCCACUAACCGACAACAACAUCUCACACCGCCACCUUCGGAAGAUGACGAUGAGUUGAGAUCGCCGACUCCAGUAUCAGGAUCCAACUCGCGUCAGGGAUCACUACUCGAUCAGCAGUAUCCAGCCCAGAAGUCGAAGUCGAAGUCAAAAUCGAAUAAAAGAGUCUCACACGAUAUUACCGCUGCUAGCGCCGGAGGUCCAUCAUCGCCUUUCCCAAGUAUUCUGGGCGAUGAGCAAGAAGCGGAAUUCUUCUCACCUUCGACACGCAGAACCCAGACUCGAACGCAGGAUAGGGCUUUUGUUGGAACUCAAGCUGAGAUCAGGAUCAAGGCACCUUCAGGAAAUGGCCAAAGAUCUACCUCAGGAGGUAGCGGCACUGGUUCUGCUAGAAGAGGAUUGGACGGCGAGGAAUUACCUCCUCAAACUGUGUUGAGCAGGGUGGUAAGGGAGUUGGAAGAUGAUUUUGAGCAUUAUAAGGCGAUAUACUCCGAACUAGCUGAUCAAUACAAGUUACUUGAUCCAGCGUCAAUCUCAUCCAAACGGCAUGUCUUGGCUGAACACCUAAGAGAGGUGAUCGAUGUAUUGGAACGAAAAGCAGAUCAGAUUGGUGAUUUAUAUGAACUCCUUGAGUUUAGGAAUAAACCCUUGUCCGAUGCUCAGAACUCUGUUGAGAAUGGUCGAUGGGUAGGUAAGAGUGUAGGCGACGUGUUGAAGAUGGUGAAGAGUUCUUUGGGGGAGGAAGUUUGGAGGAGGUUGGAAGGUGAUUUAGGAUAUGGACAUGGAAGGAAGAAAGGUGGAAAAGAGAUAUAA